UGGGGACUAGAACAGAGACCCAGGAACCUCUGGCUCCUGUUUCAGAAUGUGAUCCUGCCACGUCGGUCACUGCCAGCUCAGGUUUGACUCCUCCAGGUGGAUGCGGCCUCAGGGGGCUGUCUUCGUGGUCCUUCCCCACCUGGGGCUCAUCCUGGUCUGGCUUUUCACCAGCAACCAGAUGUCGGGAUGGUGUGAGGGCCCCCAGAAGCUGGCCUGGUGCCCACCAUACAAAGUCGUACUACUCGUGUGGACCACCAUCUUCUUCAUCAUUGGCUAUGGCUCUUACCUGGUGUGGAAGGACCUGGGAGGGGGCUUUGGGUGGCCCCUGGCACUGCCCCUUGGCCUCUAUGCCAUACAGCUCGCUGUCAGCUGGACCGUCCUCAUUCUCUUCUUUGAAGCCCGCAGCCCUGGUCUGGCCCUGCUGCACCUGCUGCUGCUGUAUGGACUGGUGGUGAGCACAGCGCUCAUCUGGCACCCCAUCAACAAGCUGGCCGCCUUGCUCCUGCUGCCUUACCUGGCCUGGCUCACUGUGACAGCUGCCAUCACCUAUCGCCUGUGGAGGGACAGCCUCUGCCCAGAGAACCACCCUGGGCCCACAGCAGAAGAGCCUCUGAGGCCCUAGGACAAGGGAGAAAAGGGAGGACCAGGGAGAGCACAGUAGGCAGGAGUGUGAGAGAAAGGAGGGAAGGUGACUGCAUGCAGGGAUGGGAACCAGGGUGUGCCCCAAUGCCGCCACCAUCGUGGAUGUCCUCUUGUCAUUUUUAUUUAGAAUUCAUAGAAAUGGGAAGGUGGUUACUGUGCACUUCUAUAAGACUCUGUCAGUGACUUCAAGUAUAAAAUUCAUACAAGACUGUUUGUCCAGGUUGGAGCUGUGGCAUAGUGAAUAAAACCAUCACAGCCUACAAUCCUAGCAUCACAUAUGGGUGCAGGUUUAAGUCCCAACUGCUCCACUUCCAAUCCAGCUCUCUGUUAUUGCACACGAAAAAGCAGAGGGCAGCCCAGGUCCUUGGGCUCCUACACCCACAUGGGAAAUCCGGAUGCAGCUCCUGGCUCCUGAUUUCAACCUGGCCCUGGCCUGGCCUUUGCUGCCAUUUGGGGAAUGAACCAAUGGAUGGAAGAGCUCUCUUUCUCCUUCUAUCUCUCUGUAAUUCUGUCUUUCAAAUAAAUAAUUUUAAAAAGAA